UUAUUUUCUGUAUAUUCAACAAAUCCAUCAAGUUUAGAUCAAGUGAGUUGGUGGUUGCAUGUGGGUUGUGUGAAUCAUGAUGAGGGAAUGGGUUUUAUUCCUAAUCUGUUCUAUUGGUAGUGAUGUGAUUGACAGAAAUUGAUGUAUAGCUUACUGGUUGUUUAUUUAUAUGUUUUGAUGUUUUGAUUUUAGGUCAAUUUCAUUCUAUUUUAUAUCUAUUUAGUUAGUGGUGAUGUGAUUGAUAGGAAGGAAGUGGCUUUCUCACAAUCACAUGGCAUCACUCCACUGUUUGUGUUACUAGGGAAUUCUCUUCUAGGUAGUCUAUUUGAUGAGUGGUGAUGUGAUUGAUAGGAAUUGAUUGAUAGCUUCUUGGUGAUUUAUUUGCAUUUUGAUUUGCAUUUUGAUGAAAGCUUUUGUUAGUCAACUCACUUGCAUUUGAAUUCUUUAUUGGUUAUGCAAAGAGUGCUCUAUAUUUCGCCUGUUGCAUAGAAGUAGAGCUGAUUGUCAUGAAUUUUUGUGCUUCUUUAAUAAAGGAAUAUGCUUUUGCCACUCCCAUUCAAGUUUUUUCCUCCCAAUUUCAUUCUCUCCUGUUCAAGUCUUGCAUUCCCAUUUCAAUUCUUAUUCAAUAAUCCAAUUGGUGAAUCUUUCUUUUUUUUUAAGCUAUGUCCAUCAAAUCCAUUAAGUUUAUGUAAAAUGAAUUGCUGGUUGCAUGUGGGUUGUGAGAAUCAUUAUCAAGGAAUUGGUUUUGUAGCUAAUGUAUUCUAUCCGUGGUUAUGUGAUUGACGGAAAUUGAUGUAUAGCCUGCUGGUCAUUUAUUUAUUUUUUAAGUUCAACUGAAUUACAUUACAUUUUUUUGUUCUUUGUGUAAAAAUUAUUUUAUAUAUCAGCUGUUGGAUGGACAUACAGCUCUUUGGCCUGAACUUAAGAGGUUUAUUGAGAAAAGAAUGGCCUUGUGCGAGUAAAAUGGCUUCGUGGUAUUGUUUAUCUAACUAGCACAUGUCUUUAUCCAAAGAAAAAUCUAUCCAGCAACUGCUCUUAGCAUGAAAAUGUCUUCUGCACACAUAAUAAGUUUGUACUAUAUAUUCUUCAUUGAAAAUUUGGCAAUCAUUAUCAAGGUAUGAGGUUUCAAUCUCACCCAUUUCCUGAAUUUUGAUGUGAUUGACAUAUUUUUAUUGAUGUUUCUGUAUACUUUUUUUUCCCAUUCAUUUGAUGUUUCUAAUGUAUCCCUACCUAAAACAUUUACCAACUCUCAUUGCCAUGAGUACAAUGACUGUUUGGGGUAGUUGAUGACUGCCUUCCCUAUGGUGUGAUGACAUGUAGGUGCACUGUAGCAGGUAUGGUGUGAUAUCUCAUUUUUUGGUCCCUAUUUCUUGAUUUCUUGAAAGUUUCACUUGUUUUUGCUGUUUUUGUGUUGGUUCAGGUUAUGCCCCUCUCAUUAGUUGUCUCUAUGGGAUUGAAUGGAGAUGCAUAUAGACUCAUGUUUUGUUUUCCCUCCAUUUCCAUAUUCAAUUUGAAUUCAAAAAGGUGAGUCUAAAGCCCUUGAUUUUUUCUAUAAAAGGAUGGUUGGUGAUCCACAUUCAAUGCACAAAUAUUCUGCUGUGUUCUAUUUCCUCCUAAGCUCUAUCUACAUCAGAAUUUUUCUAUUUACAUUUGAUCUAUUUCAUCAACUCUAUUUACCUCCUUUGUUUCUUUUUUUUUCUUCUGCAAUGCCUCCUCCAUUUGAUAUGAUUUCUAAGAUGCAUCCUCCUAGAGAGGCUUGGAGGCUGAAAGUUAGGGUUCUAAGGCUUUGGGUUGUACCCUCUUUUGGGAAUCAUGAUGUUCCUAACUCAAUGGAGAUGAUUCUCCUUGAUGAGCAUGUUAGCCCCUAUUAGCUUCUCUUUUAAAUAUGGUGUUACUUGUUGUUUUUUAAGUUUUUAAUUUAAAUGAUGUAUUUCACUAAUCUGAUUUUGUUCUUUUGUUGAAUUUCCAGUGUGAAAAAAUUCAAGCUACAGUUAAGAAACCACUCCUUAAUAGGUUUAAGGAUCAUAUAGUUGAAGGUCAAGUUUAUAGAAUAGCAUACUUUACUGUUGUGUCAAAUCAUGGUAGUUAUAGAGCAACUUCUCAUGAAUUCAAAUUGGUUUUCCUUCACCGAACCACUGUUGUAGCUGUUGAUGAAGAUGUUAUCCCUAAGACUUGUUUCAACAUGUUUCCUUUUUCUGAGCUGCUGAACAUGACCAAAGAUUAUGAUUUUUUAGUUGGUGUGUCUAUCUUCUUGGUUUGCUGUUAUUUAAGUUUUUUUAACAAAUGGUUUCAAUAUUUAAUAGGUUGUGUUUAUUUGGAAUAGAUGUCAUUGGCCUUUUAACUUCAGUGGGAGAAGAGAAAGAAUAUGCAAAAGAGGAGAAAUUUGUGAAAAUGAUUAUGCUUGAAUUAAGUUCAAAAAAGUAUGUUGAUUGAGUCAUUUCUGCUGGUUUCUCUUUAUGUUUUAAUCAUCUUUUUUCCUUGUUUUCUGUUUGAUCCUUUGUCAUAUUUUGAGUUUCAGUCUUACAGUGCGAUGGCAUUGUUUGGGGACUAUGUUAAUCAAGUAAAUCAUUUCCUUGCCUCUGGCUAUGUGGAGCAGCCUAUUGUAGUGAUUCAACUUGCUAAAGUCAAGUUCUUUAGGGGUCAAGUAGGCCUUCAAAAUGUGAUGUAUGCCACUCAAAUGUUAUUUAAUCCUGAUCUUCCUGAAGUUGUUGAAUUCAGGCAGAGUAUGGUUGAGCAAGGUGUCAAUGGUACCCAACCACUGUUUAUUGCAAAUGAGGGUAAAGUUGUUUCCUUGAAAGAUGAUUUCAUGCGUUUAACUAGAAAAUGCACUAUUAAAGAUCUUCAAGAUAACAAUGAGGUUGUCUUCUUUUGAGUUAGUUGUGUUUAUGUUUAUUUUAUACAGAAAUGAACUGAAAAGGAAAAUCAAAGAACAAUUUCCAGAUCUGUUUUUUCAUUCAUAUUCUUAACAAAUUUUGAAAUGUUGAUUGCAUAGGAGGGUUCUUUUAUCAUUUUUGGUACAAUCCAAUGUAUUGUUGAGGAUGGAGGUUGGUGGUAUUCUGCUUGUGUGUGUGGAAAGGAUAUCUAUCCUCAAAAUGGUGCAUAUUACUGUGAUUUUUGUUUGAAGCACGUAACUAAUGUGACUCCAAGAUUUAAAAUUAAAAUAACAGUUGAAGAUCAUAGUGGGGAGAGUAUUUUCCUUCUCUUUGAUCGUGAGGCAUCUUAUUUGCAUAAGAAAUCAUGUGCUGACUUGUUUACCGAGGUUCAAAGAGAUGCAAGUCUUGUAUAUAGGGAUACUUAUCCUCCCAUAUUCCAAGGGCUCAUUGGAAAGAAGUUACUGCUGAAGGUUGAUACCAAAGGUGUGCCACAUGAUACAUUUUAUGGCACUUUUCGAGUUAGGAGAAUAUGUGAUGAUCCCACCAUUAUUGCCAUGUUUGAGCUUCCCGAUUAUGAUACUGAUGAUGAGUCUACUCCAAAAAAGGAGCCUGAUUUACACAAAUCGGUUUCCUGUGGAGAAGGGGAUAUUGGUAUUAAGAAGGAGUCAUCAAAGACUUUUAUCAAAAGUGAGAAAGUUGUUGGUGAGUCUUCUGGGAUUUUAUCUAAAUCCCCAGUUCUUAUAGAUUUUCUGGCUGGAAAACAGCCUGCUGUUUUUCGAGGGACUGAGUUUGCUUCCUUAAUUAAUGGUGAACAUGGAAAAGAUGAGAAAAGACCCAGCAAUGAUACUGUUAGUGAUGAUCUUUCUGCUAAACUGGAUAUAUUGCUUAGCUCACCAGAAAAAGAAACUCAGGAGGUGUUGUCCCACGUUAUUGAUGCACCUUCCCAAUAUGAAGAGAAACUUAUUCAUGAAAAUGAUGUUAUCACCUCCAAUGGCAAGAGGAAUUUGAAUCCCCAAUUUGAAGAGGCGGCUACUGAUGCAGAUGGGCGUGGGUUCAAGAUUGCCAAGGUUAAUGGAGUUUGAUUUAAGGUGUGGAAUUGAGCUGCUGUGUCUAGGUGUAGGUAGUUUAUAUAGUAUAUCUACAAGUAUUUAAGAAGGCUUGUGAUUCUAAAUACAUUAAAAUGUAAUCAUGCUGGCUGGAUGGUAUUUUGAUUUGACCUUUUUGGAUUGUGUCCAACAAAUAGGAUUGUCAGAUAUAGGGGUUUUUCUUUUGUGUUGGCUCGUGUCAUCUGCCAACUGUCUAUUAUCAACUCCUUCUUUUGUAAUAGUGACUUUGCUAGGGAUUGGACACAUUUUCAAUGUUGUACCCUCUUUAAGUUAUAUACUAGGAUAUGUAAUCAGAUCUUGGGAUCCUCCUUAUCAUAGGAGAGAUACCCAUAUGUAAUUAUGUAUAUCACUAUCAGUAUUUUAAUGAAAUGCGGCAGUUCUUAUUUUUA